AUGAGACAAAGCUUAGGAUUCAUGCAGCUAGAGCGAAAGAACUCGAGUAGUGUUGGACCAGGGAAAGGAGAGGAGCCGAAGCUGCCUAGUCCCAGUGAGAUGAUUCCACCGACUCCAACAGUAACCGGAGCUACUACUAGUUAUGACCAAGCCAACUAUGGAUUCAGUCU